GUCGGAGAAGACGAAAACAAAACCCCAGCAAACCUCGGCCUCGCCGUCUGCAAACCGGCCCUCCCGCACUACCGUGCCGCCCGAGCGGCCCCCCGCGCGGGGAGGCGACUGCGUGGACGCCGACAGGGCAGGGGUUGUGCGCCGCCCGAGCGUGGCGCCGUGCGUCACCUGCGGCCUCUGCGGCGGCAUCCUCCGCGACGCCACCCAACGUCUCCGAGUGCCUCCACUCCUGUGAGCUCCCCCUGCCGCCAUCCUCUCUCUCCUCGUGCGCGGCGUGCCGUGCGCCAGCGUUUCUUGAUGCGUGAAAUGGGCAUGCUCUCCCAUUUACUUGUGUGCGGAAGUUUAUUAGGGGAUGGGUCAAUUGGUUGGUGAUUUGGUGGUGCUGGUUCUGACCAAGUCUGCAGGAAAUGCAUAUAUCAGAAGUUCGAGGAUGAGGAUAUCAAAUGCUGACCUAACUGCUACACCGAUUUGGGGUGUGCUCCACUGGAGAAGCUCAGAGCGGAUCAUGGCCUGCAACACAUAAGGUCAACGAUGUUUCCUAUUAAGAAGCGCAAGGUGGAUGAAAUCUCUCCCCUGCAUCCAGCAUUGGUUUCCCAGCCUUCACCUUCACCUGGAACUGGUGGGGAAGAUUAUGCAACCAAGGCAACCAGGAAAACAGGUGCCUCUUUGAUGGAUGAACCCAUGAACUCUGAAACUGAAACUUGUGAGAAGCUUGGGAUGGAACAGCCUGCAUCUCCAACAAAACUCAGCACGUCAAGCCUAGAUAGAUUUAGACAUUUUCCUCUCCCCAUCAUGACAAUUCUGAGAAGAGAUGAAGAGGAGGAGAUUAAUCCUAAUGUUUUUAUGAAACCUCGCAUCAGAGAACCAGUCCUCGCAACUUCUGAAAAGAGAGAUUCAGGCAAACGGAUGGUAGUAUCUCAAAACGUCUUUGGGUUGAGUACAUGUGGCAUCACUUAUAUAAGGACUCCCUCGACUUUCCUAUCUCCAAGUCCUGCAAUAUCUGGUCCUCCAUCCACAAAUGCAAGAAUAUCUACAGCUAUGGCUUCCAUUCCUUCAAGCAAGGCACAUGAAAAGGAGGUUGAGGUCGAAGUGGUCAAAGAUUCAACUUCUCAAGGAUUGGCCCAUGAUUUCUCUAUGCCAAUGGAGGCACUUGCACUUGAUCAGACUGACCCCAGACAAAGCCAGGCGGCACCUGUAACCCCAGUUCCGGAUCAGAUUAGAAAGAAGAUACCAACAAAGUCUGCACCUUCAGUGCCUCCUGCAACCACUGUAGUAGCUACAAGUGAUAUUUCCCAUAUCCAGACUCAGUUUCAGUACGACAAAAACUUGAGGACUGACCUCUAUAACAUCUGUAAUCAAAAUUCAGAAAGUCUAUUGCAGCGUAUUGAGGCUUACCAAAGUCAGGUUUAUAAAGAUGUUGCCAGAUUGAAGGAAGAGUUGGAAAACGCAAGAUCAGAGAAAAUUGCAGCUUUUGGAAGGGUCGGAAUUCUCGAAGAGAGACUUAAAGAGCAGACUGAGAAGCUGCAGAGUGAAUGCAAGCGGUCUCAAGAGAUUAUGGCUUCUCAGAGAGAACUGUUCCAAGAAAAUGAAACACUGAAAUCUGAGAUGGCCAAAAAGGAUAAGGACAUGAUGAUUCUGAAGCAUAAUAAUACUAUAGUUGAGAAAAGGAACAUAGAUGUUGAACAGAGAAAUACAGUUCUAGAGGACCGGAUUGGCCUAUGUCUUCAGAUUAUUAAAAGCAGCCAAAUGGAAUUCCAGAAAGCUAAAUAAACAGCUUAGGAAAGCCAUUAAUGAGAAGAACUGGCUGGUGAUAGAGUUGAAGAGUUACAAUGAUCUUUUUGCCAAGAUCCAAGGAUCCAUCCAUGAGAUGCUAACUAAUCGUCUAUCCAUACUCAAAGACAUUGAGAACACGAUAAAGAUCGGUCACCAUGAAGAUUUGUUGGCUCGUAUUGACAAUUUGGGAGAGGUAAAGAAGCAUUUACCUAAGCUGCAGGAAACAAUCAAAAUAGCCACAGGCAUGUCUGCAUACGGCCCAGUCGCCGCCAUUUUUGCAAGGCUUCAUGCCUACCAUGGAGAUGAUUUCGAUCUUCAUAGGCUGCUUCUGCCUCUGCAGAUGGACACUCAAGAUUAUGCUAGGAUUCGAAAUGCAGUUGAACCCCUGGCAGCAGAGGCUGCACAAAAAUAUGGACUGAAUUAUGGUCACUGUUGAACAUCUGUAACUGUAAUCGUGAUGAAGUAUCUUUUGUUGAACGCUGACUUUCAGAAGUAUCGGUUGACGAGCGCAUUGACCUUCCCAUGAUCAUCAGGCCUGUUUGUCACAAAUCCCUUAUGUAAAUUCGUAUCCCUGUCGUAAGUUAGGGGUGUCAGCGUAUAUUUUAAUUUUCUAGUCGAAUCCCAUGAACCAUAUACUUGUGGAGCUGUGGCAAGAUGUCAUUAGACAAGAUUAUAUUUCUGUUAGUUUUCAAGCUGAAAACAUACGUUUGGUGCUACACUAAGUUACAUCAAAGUUAGACAAGUUUGCUCUUAUGUUU